AGGCAACUCACACACAUCAGCACCAUCAUUACAAUGAUCACUAACCAUCCCACAUAUUGAGCCUAAAUUCCAAACAAUUCCAUUCCUCCUUUAUUACUUUGUUUUCAACCAUCUGCCCCACCUUUUCCCCUCCCUCUCUUCUUGCUUGCACCCUCCUACACACCAUGUCUCCUUUCUCAAACCCUCUCUUUCUUUGUUUCUCACACACUUCACAUAGUAUAUAAAUAUACAUAUAUUUUUAUUCACAUGAUGACUAGCACACGAAAGACCUUUUUCUCCAAAGAGCACUCACCAUCUCUAGUUUAUGAUAUCUUCAUUUCUCUCUAGCUGUUGCAAAGGAAGAACAAGUCUUAUUUGGGAACCACAUUGAAGAAGAAGUAAGAAAGAGGAAGUAGUACCAAAGCAGAAGAAAAACAAGACUGAAGAUGGAAAGAAGUGUAUAUUACUAUGUGCUACUUCUUGUAUUUGGUCAUUUCCUUUGUUCAGGUUCAAGUAGGACACAGAAGGAAGCAGCAAGACAUAUGAAUGUACUAAGGCAUAAUGAAGAGAAACAACAUGAAUUUACAGCCUCAAAGUCCACCACUCAAAGGGACAUCACCACACCAAUCACUACAAUUCCCAACUUAGUUCCCAUCACUUCAACAAAUCCAAUCCUGAAUCCUAAUUCCAACCCUGAUACAGUCUCUCCAGCCUCCACACUCCCAAUCACAACUCCUACCAUGCCAAACAACUCUCCAGUGUCCUCUUCAGGUGCAAGCUGGUGCACUGCAAGCCCAACAUCCUCACAAAGAGCCUUACAAGUGGGAUUGGACUAUGCUUGUGGAUAUGGUGGCACUGAUUGUUCUGCAAUUCAACCUGGUGGGAGCUGCUACUUCCCAAACUCUGUCAGAGACCAUGCUUCUUAUGCCUUCAAUAAGUAUUAUCAGAAGAAUCCUGUUCCUAAUAGCUGCAAUUUUGGUGGAGCUGCUGUCAUCACUAGCACCAAUCCAAGAACUAAAAAAGUGCCACUGAGUGAUGCCAGAAGUCAAGCCUUUUUCUUUUUCUACUUUAUUAGAGAACGUAUCUCAAAAGCCUCGUAUAUCUUGUCAAUAUCAAAGGUACUGGGGCAUGUCAAUAUGCAUCCACUAGUAUUAGUUCAUCAGUCUUGAACACAACAAACACAAGUGGUGCAAAUGUAUUUGGUUCAGUACCUGUGCCCAAGAACCCCUCUGCCUCUGUUGCUGCAGCUGCCACAUCAGCUAGAUUUGUACAAUUUUGCCUUAUUCUAUGGUCAUUAGCAAUGUUGGACAAGAAUUAUCUAUAACAAUAAUAUUGAGAGUUAGAUUUUGCUUGGAUUUGGUCUUUAUUUUAUUUGGGGGAUGGGGAGAAGGGUUGUGUACUAGAAAAGCACAUAGGUACAAAACCAUCAUCAAUAUGACAUACAUGAUAGAACACUUUGUAGAAAAGUAGCAAUAAUAUGAAGGGUUUCAGUAGAUAUUUAUACCGUACAUUACUUUU